AUGACGAGCACGGCCACGAACAGGUCGGACACGGCCAGCGAGAUGACGAACGAGUUGGUGACUUUGGAGCGCAGGUGGCGGAACUUGACCACGGCGGCGCACACCAGCGUGUUGCCCAGCAGCGUGGACACGAUCAGGGCGCACAGCACCAAGCCGGUGAGCGCGCGACCCACGCUCACCGCGUCCUCGCCCGCCGACGCGGUCACCGGCGGCGGCGGCGGCGACGGCGACGGCGGCCGCUGCUGGCUGCGCUCGUCCGCGGUGGCCAUCGCUCGCGAAGCAGCUCGGCGGCGGCGAUGUGACGUCACGCCUCGCCGGAACGAAACCAGCCCGGGCUCAGGCUCCGUUUGGAAAUUCACCCGGUUUGUCCAGCUCUCGCCGACGCCAGACGCCCGCCCGUCCGCCCGCCCGCCGUCUUCGUCGCGUCUCUCCCGGCCAGGAAGGACAACGAUCCCGUCGUCCCCCUCGACGCCAUUUCCGCAUUUCCACGCCAGAUGCUCCUUGCUGACCGCAGCUCCUCGUCUUCCCGAGCGGCGCCGUCGUCGUCAGAUGUCCGCCCCCGCCAUGCCAACCCCGGUGUCCAGGUUGCCCAAGUUCGCCUCGUGGUCCAAAAGCUCCAGCCUGACGCCCGCCGCCGCCGUUUCGCACGCCUUCCCCGCCGCCCGCCUCCCCAACGGCUUCUACCACCACCCGGGGCCCGCGGGGGACAUCGGCGCCGCGAACGGACCGGCGAGACGGAUCGGAAGCGUCCGCACGCCCGCUGAAUAUUCCGCAAAAUGGAGGAAAGACGCCGAAGUGACGGAUGGCGGCGGCCGAGUCGAUCGCAACGAAGGCGCCCGCCGGAACGCUCGUCCGCACGCGUCCGCUGUGGCCCCAAAAACGGCGGACACGUCGCUUCCUGUUUGUAAAACUGAAUUUCCUGUCCCUAAAACUGGACUUCCUGUCCCUAAAAACAGACUUCCUGUUUCCAAGUUGAGCCUAACCGGGUCCAAACAGAACCUUAAUGGACUUUCUGGAUCUAAACUGCGACCGCCCCAGUGGUCCGCUCACUCGGGUCCCGCUUCGAGUUCUAGUCCCGGGUCUGGAUGCGGUUCUUCGCCGCCAGCCGCCCGCUCGCGCUCCACCGGCAACCUCGGAUCAGCGCCGCCCUCCCGGCUCGCCAAAGGCGACGGGUUCCGCCCACUUGGCCUGGCGGUCCGGAGACGCGCGUCCCCCGGCGCCCCCGCAUCUUCCCUCAGCGCCGAGCCGGGUCACGAGCGGUCCAGGACUUCCUGUGUCCGAGCCGGGCCCCUCGGCGGUCCGGGCGGGGUGAAGAAGUCCCUCCUGCCGGCCCCCGGGGCUAACGGCGUUAGCUAUAAGCUAUCGCGGCCGUCGCUCGCCAAGCAAACCCGGACCGGAGCGGCGGAGGUGAGCCGAGCGAGACCCAAAACCUCAGCGGGAAGCAGUCCAGAGCGCUCCCCCGAGGCGCCGGAGCGGGACGACGACCCUUCCGUCCCGGGGGAGACCCCGGAGGACAUGUCCCUGUCGUCCGGCUCGUCCGUGGACCGCAACCGCGCCGGUCGGGAGUACUUGGACGUCUUCGACCACCCGGGAAACGGAGGCGCGGGCGUUUUCCUCCUCGCCGAGACCGGCGAAGACGACUCGGGCCCGGACCGAUCGGGCGCUGCCUUCUGUGACCGCCGGGGGGCGGGGAAUGGCGUUACCGUGGCGACGGAACUCCACUUCCUGGACGAGACUUUGGACUGGACCAACGGUGACGACGGGCAGAACCAUCUGACCCGAUUGCGCCGUCACAGCGGCUCCAGCCCGUCCGACUGCCACGAGCGGGGCGGCUCGUCGCUGGACUUGUCCCCCUCGGACAGCUGCGGUUCCGGCGGCAUCUACAUGUGGGACGAGGAGGGUCUGGAGCCGCUGGGGGGCGCCGUCGUGCCGCGCGCGGCGGUGGACUGCGGCCUGGGCGCCUUCCGUUCUGACGUCACCGACAGCGACGCCCUCACCAACGUGGACUCUUGCGAUUUGGAUGACGACGACCUCAUGCUGGAUGGCGACUUUCCUGACGACGUUUCACUGAACGCCGCAGACGGCGGCGGGACGUCCCACAUGGCCGAGUGGCGGCGGAGGCAGCUCUGCUGGGGGACGCAGGACGUCCACAGCGACGACAGGGAGCCGGGACGCUACGAUCUCGGAAAGGAGCGGGACGACGCCGGCGUGGACGCGGACCUCGCUGCGGAUCUCUCGCCUCAUAGGACCCCCGACGUGGACGUGGAGGACCUGGCCGAAGACUUGGGCGCCCUCCGGUCUCAGCUGGAAGUCCUGCGAAGGUUUCUGCAGGACGACGACACGGACGACGACACUCUGACCACCGACACGCUGAGUCCCGAAGAUGGCCACCGCUCACAGGUGGAGGCGCUCCUGCGGGAGGUGCAGCAGCUCAAAGAGGAUCUGAGGAGCAAAGAGCAGAUCAUCUCGCAGCUCACCCUCCAGCUGGCUGUCGCCCCGGCGACCGGCAGGUGUCGCUGCCCGACAGACGGGGAGCAAAAGACGCCGCGGCACACGCGGACCGACGCGGCGCGGGUCGCGGGCUUUCCCUCCCUCCGCCUUCCUCUCUCCGCCCUGGCAGUACCAACGCUCCAGACCUUACGCGGGGAGGCCCAAACCCAGCAUCCCUUGCCACCUCGCUCGGAAAAGAGUGGAAACACUCGUGCUGUACUUCAGCGACACGCCCUGCCACCGGUACUUGCCCCCGCCCACCCGGACGAGCAGAACCCACUAGUUGACCUCCCCGGCACUCUCCCCGCGUCGCCUCCGCCUCUUCCCGUGUGAGAACGGCCGGCUGAGCCGAGCGCUUCCCAGCAUGCAACAGGAAGACGGCGGCGGCGGCGCGCGGAUCCUCUCGACUUGAACUCUGCUGGAAGGAAGUUGAAUAUUUAAUAAGUUAACUUAUUUAUUGAGCACUGUGAUGACGUUUUAUUAGUGCGAGCGCUUCGUUUUCGCGGCUUGGGAAAUAUGCAACACGGAAUAAAAGACGCGCUGUCCCUUUAAGUGCACCAAAAAAAAAAAAAAAAAAAUACAUCAUUUAUUCCAUGUACUAGUACACUCUUUGGACUUGCUAGUAACACAAUUGAGCACACUAAUAGGGCGACUGUCGUACAAGUAAUUUUCGCUCUCCUACUAAAUGACAUUUCUGCACACUAGUAGGCCAACUUUGGUAUACUAGUACUGCUACUCUGUGACUAGAGAGGCAAAACUGUUAAUUAGUUGACAUUAGAAAGCCGUUUGAGCAUUUAUUCCAUAUCAUUUUAAGGCCCAUGUACUAGUGAGAAAAUUCAGUGGACUAGUAGAAUGAGUUUUUGGGCCUCCUAGUACGCAGUUCAAUCUUACGAGUAAACUACUGUGCUGCACUAGUCACACUAGUAGGCAUAUGUCAUGCACUAGUAGCCUUUUUUCAAGGAUUUCAAAUAAAUGCUCAAAAGUGAAGUCAGGAGCAUUUAUUUGAUAUCCUCAAGACCCAUCUUGCGGUCCACGUACUAGUGAGGCAAGAUGGUGCACUACUUGACAUAUGUGCGCUAUUUGUACUCCUAGUGAAGCAACUCACUACAGUAGUAGAAUGUUGUCACUAGUAGUACGACAUGUAGGUGUCAUACUAGUAUGCCGACAUUGUCCUAUUAGUGUGCAGAAAUGACAGAACGUAGUGGGGAAGAAAAUGCUACUAGUUCUACGUGUGCUGAAUUGUCUUACCAGUCAGGAAAAAAAGCGUGUACUAGUACGAGGACCUCAAGGUGACGAUCAAGGACAAUAAACGCUCAAACGGCUUUCCGCGCACACAACUUUCAUGGAGUCUUCCUGGGUGAUGUCAUCAGCGAUCAUCGCAUUCGGGUAGCGGCGCCCCCUGCCGCCUCAAAUAGGACAAACCACAAUGCGGCCCAAGCGAUCAGCAGCGAGUCGUUGACAUUUCGCAAAUAACAAAUAAGAGAAGAACGAGUGGCUUGCUACUUUGCCACGUUCGAAGCGGCAACGCAUACAAACCACAAUACUCACGAAUAUCAACUCUUUCUCUGUCCUCUGUGGGAGCAACAAAGAUUAAAAUGGCAAAAUGUG